AGCCCACUUGAGAAAGUUGGGUGAGAGAAGUUCUUUUUUCAGAAAACUCUGUUCUCGGCCAUGGAAGAAUUACGGAAACUAGAGAAAGUACAUAGCAUGCUGGAAUUCAUGGAAUCACGGGGCGUUUCAAACCUCGAUCAUCACUCUAACCGCUUCCUCGCUAAUUUCAUUCUCUUCUUGAUAGAACCCUCCGGAGACCUUGCCAUAAACGACAAGUGCUCCUUGCUUUCCCAGCUUAUUCCCACUCUCUCAUCUUCAUUCCUUGAAGACGCGUAUCAACACCACCUUGACACCACCAAGCGAGAAAAUUCUGGUUUUCAACAAAGUCUUGUUGAAAAUGCUUUGCUUGGUUGCAAUCAGACAAAAGAAUACAGUUCGUUGCAAAAUUGUAAUGAAAACACAGCCAUGGUCGGGCUGGAUUCCAUGCAAAUGGCAAAUUCUACCCUUGAGGAUUUUUGCAGAUCUUACUUUAUGUUUCACGGAUUGGAUGUAAGCAAGCCACAAUCAAUCUUCAAAUACUUACCUAUUCUUUCAUUCACAGAGAGUUAUAUUUAUCAGCUAGAUAAAAUGAAUGAGAAAUUGCUGCAAACACCCUACAAUGGAAAGUGUGUAUUUGGAGAAAAAGAUGAGUGGCAGAGAGAAACUAAAUUAUUGGUUUCUUGCUUCUCAAAUGACCCAGUUAGACCACUUGCGACUAUUCUUGAACACAAAGGCCUUUUGACGGAAAGGAUAAGAGAAGAACUUAGACUAGGAGAAGAGUACUGGGCUCUUGAAAGAAAGCUCUGUUCUGCACUAACAAACAAAGAGAAGAUUCUUGUUGAAGAUGUGAUGAAGGCUAUUCAUUUAAAGUCUUUUGAUUAUCGAGUGCUGAAUCUUCUUCUCUAUCAACUGCAAGGGACUAAGGUGGAGGAGUUGCAUAUGGAGUUUCUCUCAAUUUCGGAGUUGCUAGUGGAAGUUGCUGAUGAUCUGUAUGAUUAUGAGGAUGAUGUUUUAGAGAACAAUUUCAAUAUUUUGCGCAUGUUUAUCCGAAUAUAUGGACCUUCAGCUGCCCCUUCUAUGCUGGCGAAGUGCAUUGGUGAGGCUGAAGAUAAGUAUGCAAGUUUACAGAAAUCACUUGAUCCACAUCUCUCUCUGAGCUACCAGAAAAGAUGUGCAGAAGCCACUAAAGAAGGUGGAAAAGUAUCAGACCACCCACUUGGAACAUGGAGUAUUCCAACUGUGAUUCAAGAUGAGGAAUUGUAUAGAUUAAAGCUGAAGUCAGAUAUUUCGUGAAUAUAACUUUUAACUGCGUCUCCGAGGCGAUGGGAACAUCAUGUUUGUUUCUCCGUUCGCAGCCUUCAAACUGUUUCUCCGUUCCAAUUCCAAAUGCAUUGAACUGUGACUUUACACGCACGCACUGAAGAAAUCGAAAACUCAGUACAGAAUAAGUUUGGCUAACUCAAAGCUAAGGACAAAGCCAUUUGCAUGACACCUCUUUUCUGCAUCUGUUCGAACCUGGCUGUAUUACUUGACAAAAUUAAAGUAUGCAUGGCUGGAAAGUGAAGCAAACAAAUCGUAAUUAAAUUUAAAGUAUAUACUAACAUUAUUCUAACUAUAAUGCAAUUAUUCAAAAUGCUGUCUGUCUAUAAUCCCUAUUGAAUUCGGAA